AUGACUAUUCCUCGCAUGGCCGCAUCUUGUCCUUAUCUGCUUGACAGCAUCCACGCAUUUUCAGCUUUACACUUGGCUGCGGUGGAAACUGAUAAUCGGGCUUCAUGGCUGGAUCAUGCCGCGCGAUAUCAAAGCCAGGCAUGCGCUGGACUGAGCAAGAUCCUUCCGGAAAUGUCGCCAAAAGAUUAUGAACCAGCAUUUGUCUCAUCCAUCAUCAUAAUGCUUUUCGCCAUUGGAUCUCGAGUAUUGUCACUUGAAAAUCAACCACUGGACCCGCUUUUGGUUGUUCUCGAGGCUCGCACGUUGAUAUCUGGCCCCGCCAUGCUUUUUACCCGAAUAAAUGAAGGCGGAAUUGACGCACAGCUGGACGGAUGGCUGUGUGCUCCUGACACACAAGAAAGCCUCGAAAGUGAGGAACAUGAUGAAGGCAGCAACCCGGUCGAAAACACACGUGUAUUAUUCAGCCUACACAAAGACAUAAUGACGUCGCUGGCUCGGCUUCAUUCGAUAAUUGACACAAGGGAAGGAUCGGAUCAACCGAUCUACUCUGCCACAUGGCAGCGGUUGCAGCAGGCCAUCGAGCCGUGGCCAAAAAUCGGACCACAUGGCGGUCCCCUUGCAUGGCCCUUAUUUCUCUCCGACGAAUUUUCCUCACUCCUGCAACAUGGCGACUGGACUGCCCGAGUUCUUUUCCUGCAUUAUGGCAUAGCUAUGCGUCUCCUAUGCCAUCGAUGGUACGUGCGCGACUGGGGCCGUCGGCUAGUAUCGGCCACACUGGAACAACUGCACGAGAUCCCUCCGGAGUGGGACGAGACUAUCUCUUGGAUAAGACGAGCCGUUGCGAGGGAGGAUUAG